GUGAUUGUUGGUAUUCAUACACAUUAAUGCAUAUACAUACGCAUUUACAUGCACAAUACAAUAUAUAUAAUAUAUAUAGAGAGAGAGAGAGAGGAGAGAGAGGAGAGAGAGAAAGCUUGAGGGGUCUUUGUUAGUCGUCAGAAAAAUGGCGACAGGAUGGGUGAAGUCAUUGCAAUGCAAGUCAAAAGCAUUAGACGACGUAGUUCACAACCACCACCGCCAUCACAACCACCACUCAGACCCUAAGAACUGCCGCCGCCACCACCACCAUUCUUUAUCCCAUUCCUCCAGCUGCAGAAACAGCGUUCAGAGUCUCAAAGAUAUAGUUGAAACUACCAAACAAUCAAAACCCAAGAAGCCAAAGCCACCCAACUCGCCCCUAGCGCCGCCGUUUAGACGACCCGUUUCAAGAAAACCCGAACCAGGCCAACAACAGCUGCCGACGAUCAGAACCCGGUCCAGCACCGCCGAAUCUUUCUUCCCGUCGCUCACGGAGCUCCCCGAAGGCCAUCCUUCGCGUAAUGUGGUGGAGAUAAUCUUUCACACGAGAUGGGGGGACAAUAGCUUUUCGGGUCAGGUCGAAUUGGUGUUCAAGGUCCAGAAUCUGAUCCGGACCCUGACCCGGUUUGAGGAGUACCGAGAGAUGGUCAAAUCCCGCGUGAGCUCCACAGACGCGGCGGACGGCGGUGAAGACCACGCGCGGUGUGUUACAGACGGGAAUGAGGUCUUGAGAUUCUACUGCCUCGGCGCGACAUCAGGCGGAGGCGCGUACGAGGCCGGCUGCGGCGCAUGGGCUUUGUACGGUGGCAAAGGUGCGGCUCUGUGUACGUAUUCAGAGAGCGGUUGCGCUCAUGAGAAUGCGGGUGGCGGGCGAGGGAGGCGGGCCAUGCUGGUUUGCCGGGUCAUAGCGGGUCGGGUCUGCAAGAGACCCAAAAGUUUAGACCCGUUGCUGGACAGUGGGGUCGGGUAUGACUCAGUAAGUGGUGAGAACGGUGCACUACUCGUAUUUGAUUCACGCGCGUUAUUACCAUGCUUUCUUAUUAUCUAUAAAUUGUAAAAACAUGUGUCGGACAUUUAUUAGUCCAAUUUUUUUUUAUGUUACUAAUUCCGCUUAUAGAUAUUUAGCAAUGUGUAAUUUUUGGGGUGUAAUUAUAGGAAAUUAGCUCUAUAAAUAUUUUCUACUUUUUCUUAGAAAUUGGGAAAUAAAAGUCUCAUUAUUCUUA